AUGGGUAUCACAAAAACUUAUGUGACUAUUUUCCUUGUAGCAGUAUUGACAAUUUCGGUUUUGAUCCAGCAAUAUGAUCGUUGCAUUGGGGCAUGUUCGAGAUUUUAUGGAAAUAUGCAAUGUUACAAAAACUGUAGAAACCUGAAGUAUGACGGAGGACAGUGUGAUUUUGUUACAAAAGGUGAAAAAUUACCAGAAUGUUGUUGUUCUUUCUACAAAAAUUGAUACUCUUUCUAGUAAUUGGCUACUUGAGAAUUAUAUUUUUCUCUUCCCAUUAUUUAAACAAUGUAUUGUCUUCAACUUCUUAAUAAUAAAUUUAAUACAAUA